ACAGACUGUACAAUGGGUGGAAAUAGCAGUGUUUGCACAGACAUGUUUACUUUUUGAUUAAACAGGAACAAUGUAGUGAAUUGAUAGAUAAGAGAAGUUAAACUAGAAGUAUCAGUAACCUGAUAUUUAAAUCCAUCUCAUAUCAAAUACAUAUGGUGCUAGCCUGUUUAGCUUAUCUAUCAGGCAACGAGUUGGACUGAACCACAUUGAAUCCAUCAGAAAAGCAAAGACAGAAAUAGAAAGCACAGUUGUCCUGACAGAAAAGGAAAUAAAGAGUUCAGGUAGAAUCUAAAAUGGGAACUAAGAACAUGUCACCUGCAUUGCUUUUAUGCCUCUUUAAGCUUUUGUUUUUUUGUUUGUUCUUUAAUCUAUUUUUAGGGCCUGCUCAUUGACAACAGCAACGCCAUCCACAAUUACUUUGUAACUGUUUCUUUACCUAUUGGUGUGGAAUAGGCCCAAUAGCGACCCCUACAGGAACAGUAUACUGUAUGAUUGUUCAGAGCUAUCAAACCUCACCUGCAGAAACAGCAGAAAUCCACUCCACAGUAUCGAGGCAGCACUCUCUCAGUAUUUUUUUUGUUUUAUUUGUAUUUCAGUUGCUUAACUCCUGCCACCUUUUCACUCUGACAAAUAAUAAAUAGCUUGAAAGAAUUGUUUUGUUGCGUCCUCAGGCUGGUGAUAAUGUCAACAACUUUUACAUUCAAAUCCUGUGUAGUUGCAUUUUCAGAACACACAACACAUUACAAACCUGUUUCAAACCCUCUCUCUCAAGACUUGGCCAAUUGGGAUUUAUUUCCUGUUUCCUGGCUCCUUUUUUUACAGAGCCACAUGAUUUAAGUUACUCCCACAGGAAGACCUAGGGCAUUUGCUACUUCAUGUCAGUAACAACAAGCUUGGUUAUGUUCUUUUACAGAGGAGUCAGACAGAGGAGUCAGACAGAAGAAUUGUUAAGAACGUCUGCUGUUAUCGACAAUGGAUUAUGUGUGAAAAGGCAAUGAUCAUGUCACUGCCAGAGGAAGAUCUUACAUGCCCUGUGUGCUGUGACAUCUUCACAGACCCUGUCUUGCUGUCAUGCAGUCACAGCUUCUGCAGGACCUGCUUGAAGCGCUGCUGGGAAACUGGUCUACGGGAAUGUCCAGUGUGCAGGAGGAGAGCCCAGAAGUCCAGUCCUCUGUCCAAUCUGGCCCUGAAGAACAUCUGUGAGGCUCUUCUGCAGGUCAGGAAUCAGAGUGCAGAGGCUGUGAAGGACAAGAUGAGCUGUAGCCUGCAUGGAGAGAGACUAAAACUCUUCUGUCUGGUGGACAAAGAGCCAAUCUGUGUGGUGUGUCAGUUCUCCAAGCUUCACACAGACCACAGCUGCUCGCCCUUAGAGGAGGCAGUCCUGGACUGCAAGGAUGAACUUGCCUUAUCACUCAAAGUGUUGAAAGACAAACUGGAUAGUCUCAAAAGAAUCCAGCAGACUUCUGCAGAUAUGGCCAAGUACAUCAAGAGUCAGGCUGCGGACACUCAGAAACUGAUCAGGAGCCAGUUUGAGCAGCUCCAUCAGAUGCUGUGCCAAGAAGAGUCUGACAUAUUAGCAGCAGUGAAACAAGAGGAAGAAGAAAAGAUCACAGGAAUGAAGGAUAGGAUGAAAGAGCUCUCUGCUGAGGUGCUGGCCCUGGCGGAGAUGGUCUCUGACAUCCAGGAACACCUUAAGGAAGAAGAUAUGGAAUUACUGAUGAAUUUUAAAGCCAUUGAUGAAAGGAGCAAAAGUGUUGCAGUAGGCUCAGACAACAUGUCUGGAUUACUGAUUGACAUGACUAAGCAUCUGUGUAACCUCAAGUACAGAGUCUGGGAGAAAAUGCUGGACCACAUCGACUACACUCCGGUCACUUUGGACCCAAACACUGCCCACCCCUGUCUCAUCCUGUCUGACAAUCUAACCUCCCUGCACUACUCAAGGCAGCCCAGCUGCUGCCCCGACAACCCAGAGCGCUUCCACAUGAGUGCCGAAGUGGUGGCCAUGUCUCCCCUCGGUUCAGGAAGUCACCAUUGGGUCGUGGAAACAGGAAGUAAUCAGGACUGGCUCCUGGGUGUGGCCUCUUCGUCUGUGCCAAGGGAUGUUGAAGUCUCCGCUCGGCCCGAAAACGGCUUCUGGACUUUGUGCUUUAGAGACGGAGAGUUCAGGGCCAUGACCUCUCCACCCACACCGCUGACACUGACACAGACGGGGACACCAAAACAAAUCAAAGUCCAGCUGGACUACAACAGAGGGACAGUGUCGUUUUCUGACCAUGCCGAUGAUUCGGAGAUAUUUACCUUCUCACACACAUUCACAGAAACACUGCUGCCAUAUUUUUAUACACAGAGUAGUGAGCCACUGAGAAUCUUGCCAGAGAAGGUUCUGGUCACAAUGCUGCGUCAGUGACUGGGUAGAACAAUGAUCAUGUCAAACCCCGAGGAGCUGCAGGCAGCACUGACACAUCAACGAUUCUGUCAAAACAAACUAAAUGAAUACAAUUUGCACACCAUCAGCUAAGCCAAGAACAAUCGUUUCCUUUGUCCACUGGGCGGUGCUAAGGUAUUAGAAUUAUUUUACUACUCUGCUGCAGAAAAUUAUGCCACGCAUUCUGCAAACCGGUCAAAUAAUUUGACUUGCUUUUGGGUGGAAUUCUCAUAUGAAGCCUUAAUCAUCUUAUGUACAAAUGUGUCUGAGUCUCAACACUGACCAAAUCUGAAGUAAUUUAAAAAAAAAUCUCAUGGAUUCAAAAGUAAAGAACAGGGCAAGAACCAUUACUAAAUUAAUGGUUUUCAAAGGUCAAAGGUUCAUGUUUUGGUGACGAUUCAAACCCCAAAAUGUAGUUAUUGUGUAAAAAAAUAAAAAAUUGCAGACUGGAUGAGACGAAUAGGAGCCGUGCACCGACAUGUUGAUGUGACGUCAUCGGUAAACUGGUAUAACAACUCAGACAGACAGACGGACACAAAGUAAAUGACAAAUAAUUAAUGUACGCUCAUGCAGUAGACAUUAGUUAUAUUUAGAAGUAAAUUAUCAUUAAAUUAUCAUUUAAAAUAUAUAUUUUUCAUUUGAUUAAACCACCGGUUAUGGAGUAGAUUUUUCUAUUAACGUACAAGCUUAAUGUAAGUUAACACAAGUCGUUAUGUUUACAACGUGUGGCAGGGUAACGUUUUUUCUUUUUACAUUCAGGAAACGUCGUGAGGGUGCAUAGAAUUAUUUAGUGAGUUACUUCUAUGAAAUGUUGUAACUAUUGUAUCUCUGUCCUAUAUCCUGGCUAACAUUUAGCCUUUAAUUUGACUUCCACUACUUUUCUCGAAGAUGUUGGAUAUUUUUGACCUUUUGUCAAGAUUUUUUUGUUUUGUUUUGUUUUUAUAAUCGUUCAUCGGGCACAAUAAAAACGAACUAUUGAAGUCCUGACUGGUACCUCUUACUCUUGACCACACGAUGCCGCCAAAGCCAAGCAAAUAUUUUUG